AUGACAUUUCAACCUAUGUACCAGAUUCCCCACAAUGAUUUGUUUUUAAACCACUACCAGAUGAAUUCAUACGAUUUCAUAAUGCAGAAUUAUCGAUUGACCGAGAACGCUUAUUCAGAUUACAAUCAGCCUUCCAUCCAAUAUGAAAUUGCUCCUCGGCAAAUUCCUAUGACUUUGUACAAGCCUGAUGUCAACGACUUGGAUCUUGCCAUUUCCAAUGAUUACAGGGAAAACAACGUGCCUCAUCUAAUUACUGAACAGGCAACGGUAAAUGACGAAACGCCUCAACAAAAGUCUUUGGUAGAAUUAGGAAACUAUUUCAAGAAAAAAAGAAUGAACUUUGGUUACUCCCAGUCCGAUAUGGCCAUUAUAAUGAAGAGAGGCGGGUUCCCCGUGUCUCGUACGACUAUAUCCAGAUUUGAGUUGGGUAAACUCUCAAUUACUUUAAUGGAAAAUCUGAAAGAUUCUUUUUUGAUUGUUCUAGAAUCUCUGAAGAAAAACCCAAUUUCCAAGUCCCACUUGAAGUCGCUCCCGAAACCCAGAAAGAAACGAAUAGUUUUUGACAAAAAAAUCAAAGAAUACCUCGAAAAUAUUUUUUCAGUCACCGUUUAUCCAAACGAAGAAGAAAUCGGGAGGAUUGUAGCAGAGACUGACUUGUCAGAAUAUGUAGUUCGAGUCUGGUUUGGAAACAGAAGAAAAAAAGAACGUCGAACUAUUUUUUUCCGAUAA